AUGAACGCCCCGAGCGCGUUCAGGUGUCUGCAAGGCUCCGCCGCGCCGUGGCUCCCGCGCGCGUCCGCCGCGGCGGUGCGACGAGACCCGCGAGAGUCAGAUCUCUCCGAGACGACAUUAACCUUCAGCCUCCGAGACGACGCGGGGAACGACGCGGCGCGGAGCCCGAUGCACGAGUACCGCGCGCGCGUGCGCGCCGGUCGUCUUCGCGACGGCGACGCGCCGCAGACCGAGGCCCUGCGCGCGCUGCAGACGCUCCGGGACCGCCUCGUGUCGGACCCGCCGGGGUCGGCGAAGAAGACGUCGAGAAGCUUCUCGAAGGACGUCGCGACGACGAACGUCGUCCAGGGCGUGUACCUCCACGGCGGCGUCGGCCGAGGGAAGACGAUGCUCAUGGACAUCUUUCACAGCACUUUGCCGCCGAAUCUGAAAGCGAUGACGCGCCGCGUGCACUUCCACGAGUUCAUGCACGAGAUCCACGGAAGGCUCCACGCGUUGCGAAGCGGCGGCGCGGACCCGCUCGCCGUCGUCGCCGCCGCCGUGCGCGAGGAGUCCCCGAUCGUGUGCUUCGACGAGGUCGAGAUCGUGGACGUCGCGGACGCGAUGGUCGUUAAGCGCCUGUUCGAGCGCGUCUUCCAGCUCGGCGGCGUCCUCGUCGCGACGUCAAACGCGGCGCCCGAGAAGUUGUACGAAGGCGGGAUCAACCGCGCCGCGUUCGCGCCGUUCGUCGACGACCUCAACGCGCGGUGUCUGGUCGUGAGCUUAGACGACGAGAAGAAAAAAGUCAGAGGCGUGGACUACAGGGUCGAAGGGUCGGUCUCCGCGAACGCCGCGAGCGCGGGAAAGACCGUGACGGGCGCUUCCGAGUCCGUCCUCGCGUUCGGCGACCGCGGCGGCGACGCCGCCGUCGAACGCGCGUGGAACGAGGCCGCCGCGCUCGCGUCGAGAGGGACAGCGCCGGAGCCGACCGCGACGCGCGUCUCCGUGCCUGUCGCGUCUAGGAGAUUCCUGACCGUCCCGAAGAUCAAGGGCACGUGCGCGAUGUUCGACUUUGAAUCCCUGUGCGGCGCGAAAAGUCUCCUCGGCGCGUCGGAUUACGUCGCGUUGUGCUCGCGGUUCGACGCGCUCGCGGUGACGAACGUCCCGACGUUCUCCACGCACAACGAAAACGAGGCGAGGCGGUUCAUUAACUUGAUCGACGUGAUGUACGAGCGGCGGACGCUCCUCGUCGCGUCGCUCGCGUCUUCCCCCGCGUCGUUGUUCCGCGGCGAGGGCGACGCGGAUGACGCCGAGGAGGAGGAGGAGGAGAGCGCGCGAGCCGAGACGACGGGGGACGUCGCAGCGGCGACGCGGCGACGCGCGCGCAGGGAAGGCGAACGGAGCGGCGUGAACGCGACCGUGAACGACGAGGGCGGGAGCAGCGGCCGGUCCACGACGAUGAUAGGCUCCAUGGAGUGGUCCGCGACCGGACGCUCGGGGGCGUCGCUCGCGGACCUUCAACGCGUCAACUUUACGUUUCGAGCGAGCGAAAGGUGCGCGUCGCGACUCGCGGAGAUGGCGAGCAAGGCGUACGAGGCCGCGUGGGUCAGUCGCGUGACGGAGAGAUAG